AUGCCCGUCGCGGUGGAGGACAUCAUGAGGCUGCUGUGCUCCAUCUCUGAGGAGAGGAAAAUGAGGGCGGCCGUCAGGCACUCCGGGAGGGGCGCCCUGGUCACAGGGGCUGUGGCCUUCGUUGGUGGUUUGGUGGGCGGCCCACCAGGACUAGCCGUUGGGGGGGCCGUCGGGGGUUUGUUAGGCGCGUGGAUGACAAGUGGACAGUUUAAGCCAGUUCCUCAGAUCAUAAUGGAGCUGCCACCUGCCGAGCAGCAGAAGCUCUUUAACGAAGCCACUGCCAUCGUCAGGCACCUGCAAUGGACGGACGCCGUGCAGCUGACCAUGCUGGUCAUGGGCAGUGAGGCCCUGCAGCAGCAGCUGCUGGCGAUGCUGGCCAACUACGUCACCAAGGAGCUCCGGGCAGAAGUGCAGUACGACGACUAG